CUUCCGGACGGGGCUGGCCGAGGUCUCAGCCACAUGACUGUGUUCCGGCUGGGCAAUGAUGGCGGCGCCCAGAGCGGUAGCGUGAAAGUUGUUGGUGGAAGCACCGUCCAGUCGUGUUGGAAUCAAAACAGUGGGGACCCUGCGCCAUGUCGCGACUGAUUGUGAAGAACCUCCCAAAUGGGAUGAAGGAGGAGCGUUUCAGGCAGCUGUUUGCCGCCUUUGGCACGCUGACGGACUGCAGCCUAAAGUUCACCAAAGAUGGCAAGUUCCGCAAGUUUGGCUUUAUCGGCUUCAAGACGGAGGAAGAGGCCCAAAAGGCACUGAAGCACUUUAACAAGAGCUUUAUUGACACAUCCCGGAUCACAGUGGAGUUCUGCAAGUCGUUCGGGGACCCGACAAAACCCAGAGCCUGGAGCAAACAUGCCCAGAAACCAAGCCAGCCCACGCAGCCUCCAAAAGACUCUGCUACUCCAGAAAUUAAGAAAGACGAGAAAAAGAAAAAGGUGGCAGGUCAAUUGGAGAAGCUGAAGGAGGAUACAGAAUUCCAGGAGUUUCUGUCGGUUCAUCAGAGGCGGGCGCAGGCAGCCACUUGGGCGAACGAUGGCCUGGAUGCUGAGUCAUCGAGAGAGAAGAGCAAGCCGGCCAGCGACUACCUGAACUUCGACUCCGAUUCCGGGCAGGAGACUGAGGAGGAGGGAGCUGGGGAGGACCUGGAAGAAGAGGCAAACCUCGAACAGAAGGCAGCUGUGCAGAAGGAGCUGUCGGACAUGGACUACCUGAAGUCCAAGAUGGUGAAGUCCGGGUCAUCCUCUUCCUCAGAGGAGGAGGAAAGUGAAGAUGAAGCCGUGCACUGUGAGGAAGGGAGUGAGGCCGAGGAAGAGGGUUCCUCCACCACCCCAGCCCUGCAGGAAAGAGACGGCAAGGGUGUAGGCCAAGAGCAAGGAAUGCCAGCUGGGAAAAAGAGGCCACCGGAGGCCAGAGCCGAGGCAGAAAAACCAGCAAACCAGAAGGAACCCACCACCUGCCACACCGUGAAGCUGCGGGGAGCCCCGUUCAACGUCACAGAGAAGAAUGUUAUGGAAUUCCUGGCACCCUUGAAACCAGUGGCCAUUCGAAUUGUGAGAAACGCUCAUGGGAAUAAAACAGGGUACAUCUUUGUGGAUUUCAGCAACGAAGAGGAAGUGAAGAAAGCGCUGAAAUGCAACCGGGAGUACAUGGGUGGGCGCUACAUUGAGGUGUUCAGGGAGAAGAACGUCCCCACCACCAAGGGUUCACCAAAGAAUAGCGCCAAAUCCUGGCAAGGCCGGAUACUCGGGGAGAACGAAGAGGAGGAGGACCUGGCUGAGUCCGGAAGGCUCUUUGUACGGAACCUGCCCUACACCAGCACCGAGGAGGACCUGGAGAAGCUCUUCUCCAAAUACGGUCCCCUGUCUGAGCUCCACUACCCCAUCGACAGCCUGACCAAGAAACCCAAGGGUUUUGCAUUCGUCACCUUCAUGUUCCCUGAGCACGCCGUGAAGGCCUACUCGGAGGUGGACGGGCAGGUAUUCCAGGGCAGAAUGCUCCAUGUGCUACCGUCUACCAUCAAGAAGGAAACCAGCGAAGAUGCCAGUGCCCUGGGAUCGUCAUCCUACAAGAAGAAGAAGGAGGCCCAGGACAAAGCCAACAGCGCCAGCUCUCACAACUGGAACACGUUAUUCAUGGGGCCGAAUGCCGUGGCCGAUGCCAUCGCACAGAAGUACAGCGCCACCAAGAGUCAAGUUUUUGACCACGAGACCAAGGGCAGCGUGGCCGUACGUGUGGCUCUGGGGGAGACUCAGCUUGUCCAGGAAGUGCGGCGCUUCCUCAUAGACAACGGGGUCAGCCUGGAUUCCUUCAGCCAGGCUGCAGCAGAGCGAAGCAAGACGGUGAUUCUGGUCAAGAACCUCCCGGCAGGCACCCUGGCAGCCGAGCUGCAGGAGACCUUUGGCCGUUUUGGCAGCCUGGGCCGCGUGCUGCUGCCAGAGGGUGGAAUCACCGCCAUCGUAGAGUUCCUGGAGCCCCUGGAGGCCCGCAAGGCCUUCAGGCAUCUGGCCUAUUCCAAGUUCCACCACGUCCCUCUGUAUCUGGAAUGGGCUCCGGUCGGCGUCUUCUCCAGCACAGCCCCACAGAAGAAAGAGCCCCAAGAUGCACCUCCGGAACCCACGGAAAAGGAUCAAGCAGAGCCAGAAACCGUGUCCAAUGGUGAAACCCCAGAAGAUAAGAAUCCAACAGAGGAAGAAGCAGACAAUUCUUCAGCAAAGAUGGAAGAGGAAGAGGAGGAAGAGGAAGAAGAAGAGGAGAGCCUCCCAGGGUGUACUCUGUUUAUUAAGAAUCUCAAUUUUGACACAACAGAGGAGAAGCUGAAGGAAGUGUUUUCCAAAGUGGGGACAGUGAAGAGCUGCUCUAUCUCCAAGAAGAAGAACAAAGCAGGAGUGCUGCUUUCCAUGGGAUUUGGAUUUGUGGAAUACAGGAAGCCGGAGCAAGCCCAGAAAGCUCUCAAGCAGCUCCAGUUACACAUGGUGGACGGCCACAAGCUGGAAGUGAGGAUCUCGGAACGAGCCACUAAGCCAGCCGUGACAUCAGCUCGGAAGAAACAAGUUCCCAGAAAGCAGACCACCUCCAAGAUCCUGGUGCGGAACAUCCCCUUCCAGGCCCACAGCCGGGAGAUCCGAGAGCUCUUCAGCACCUUUGGGGAGUUGAAGACGGUCCGCCUGCCAAAGAAGAUGACCGGGACAGGCACACACAGAGGCUUCGGCUUUGUGGACUUCCUCACCAAGCAGGAUGCGAAGAGAGCCUUCAACGCCCUGUGUCACAGCACCCACUUGUAUGGCCGGAGACUGGUGCUGGAGUGGGCCGAUGCUGAGGUGACCCUGCAGGCCCUGCGGCAGAAGACGGCUGCACACUUUCACGAGCCCCCGAAGAAAAAGCGGUCUGUGGUGUUGGACGAGAUCCUGGAGCAGCUGGAAGGCAGCGACAGCGACAGCGAGGAGCAGACCCUUCAGCUGUGAGCUGGCGCCGAGAGGGGCUGCUGAGCUAGAAUUCCCACCUACAUCUUUCUAAGGGACUGUUCACGGCUUGAGACCUGGCCUCUGUCCUGCCCACCCUUGUCACUUGGGACCACAAGCCCUGGUUCUGUCACCCAGGGAAGCCUCCCAGCGGCUCACGAAGCAUCAAGCUCCAAGCCCAGAUGCCAAGCUCUCCUGCUGAGCCGAAUGAUGUCACUCCUGGCAGCCACGUUCUGCUCAUGGGCCUGGAGCCCUGUGAAAUGCAUCGAGGUCCUCUCCACAGGCCAACAGCAUCCCCAGGCCUCUCUCAGGCGCCUGUGGGCACAUUUCCUCCAGCCUGAGACGCAGCCUCCUGCCUGGAAGGGCCUGUGCCAGCAGCAGCCAGAGGGCAAGCUGGAGAGGACAGAGCAAGAACUGCGGUGCAUCUCACCUUGGGCUGAAUCCAGGCAUCACCAUUGCCCAAGGUGUAACCUCAGACUAAUGAUAGCCUGUCUGAGCCUCCGUUUUUCUCUCUAGGAAAUGGGGGUGAUAAUUGUGCCUACCUCAGAUAGAUGGUGCCAGAAUUAAGUGAGUCAAGCCGAGUAAAGCCCAGAGAAGAUUCUCAUCAGCGCUUUUGUUUGCUUCAUUUAGAAUCACUGGGUGGGGCUCUAAGUGAGAGUUCGGGUAUCGUCAGACUUUGUGCAUAAAACAUGGUCUGUGCAUGUUGGUGGGGAUGAGGUUCCAGUUUUCAUCCAGUUUUCAGAGUGGCCCAGAGCCCAGGCAAGUCCACAUGGAACUGGCAGCCUGCAAGACCAAGCUGCACCUCAUGUCCUCUAGAGCAGACACCCCCUUAGCCAUCCGAGCUCAUCCCUGAGAAUUCAUGGAAACAGAAAACACAGAAUGGCUUGUCCCCAACCCUUUAAGUUUUUUAGGGACAGGACGCGGUGGCACAAUUAUAGCUCACUGCAGCCUCACGUGAUCCUCCCAUGUUGACCUCCCAAAGCGCUGGGAUUACAGAUGUGAGCCAUCACGCCCAGCCACAUUCUCCAGCUUUUAGACUGGGGUGGCUCACAGAGUCGUAUUGACUCUGGAUGUGGGGGCUGAGCAGUGAGGUCGUUGUUAAACCACACCCAGGCCGACCCUCAGGUGACCAGGCUCCUAAGUUGCCAUGGGUCUUGUAGAAUGAAAGGGCUGGAGACCGACCUCGUGCCUUCCCACUGCUCGUCCUGUUUGGCGGCACGUGGCUUCUUCUGGCUGAACCUUCUGGUCUCUACAAUUUGUACUCACGUUUCCACACCUCCGGAGCCAGCAAGGAUGGCCAGCUGGUCACCAGAAAUAAGGUGUAGACCCACGGGCCUGGUGCAGAGGCAGGCAUCUUUUGGCACCAACUUAACUGGCCAGGAGGAUGCUUCUAGAACCUCCCCCAGAGCAGGAUUCAGCCCCGUCCAGGGCUUGGUGCGGGAUGAACAAGCGUGGGCUCUGCAUUGGGGCCUGCCUGGGCUCCGUAAAGGUUCACCACUCUCCCGAGCACACACGGUGGAGUGAUGGGAAUCAGGGCUGUCCGGUCCUUCUUGCGUAGCUGCCUUCCCUGUGGCCAAAAGAAAAAGCCGGCAAGCGGGGAAGGUUUGGGAACUGCAGGAGAAUGAAAGGUGGCAAGAGGAGGGAGAGCUUCCAGCCUCUUGCCAGGCCUGGUCCAGAAUUGGCGAUGGGGAGUCAGGCAGGCGGGAGACCAUGUACCGAGUCUGGCCCUGGCGGCCCUGUCUGGAAGGGGCAGGUCUGUAAGCACACGGGAGUACUGGAGGCCACUCCCACGGAGGUCUCUGGGUGCCCCUUCAUGCCGCGCCCACCAGACUGCACCCUCAUCUCCUCUCUUCCGGCUCAACCAAUGUGGCCUGACUGAUCCAUGAGCUGGAUCGUGUCAAUCUGCAGCUUCAAACCCUUGAGGCCUCCCCGACACGUGGCAAGUCAAGUCCCGGCAGCCUCCUACCCUGGGGCCCUGGCCCUGGCUCUUCCCUCUGUCCGGAUGCCCUUCCCCUAGUCUUCCUGUGUGGCUCCUUUUUAUUUUCCUUUGAUCUCUUAGUUUAAAUCAAGCUUGUCCAACCCAAGCUUGAGCUUUGAAUAAGCCCAAUACAGAAUUUGUAAACUUCCUUAAAAC